UGAGUACCUGAUCCUGCUGACUAUUUUCGCGAACUGCGUAGCCCUGGCUGUGUACACUCCGUACCCCAACAGUGAUUCCAACACAACAAAUUUGUAUUUGGAAAAAAUUGAAAAUGUCUUUCUAGUUAUAUUCACAGCAGAAUGUGUAAUGAAGAUCGUAGCGUAUGGUUUUGUGGCGCAUUCGGGCGCCUACCUUCGUAACGGUUGGAAUUUAUUAGAUUUUACAAUUGUAGUUAUAGGAAUGUUAAGCACAGCGCUUUCAAACCUUAUGAAAGAAGGUUUCGAUGUAAAGGCGCUAAGAGCAUUUCGUGUGUUACGGCCCUUGAGGCUAGUGUCUGGUGUGCCAAGUUUGCAGGUGGUGCUCAAUUCAAUUCUCCGUGCCAUGGUGCCAUUAUUACACAUAGCUCUACUUGUACUUUUUGUGAUUAUUAUAUACGCCAUUAUAGGCUUGGAAUUAUUCUCAGGGAAAAUGCACAAAACGUGUUUCAAUAAUAUAACAGGGGAAAUGAUGGACGAGCCGAACCCCUGUGGCGAAGGUGGCUUCGAGUGCCCGCCCCCAAUGGUCUGCGCCCUCUACUGGGAAGGGCCCAACUUCGGCAUCACCAACUUUGACAACUUCGGCCUGUCCAUGCUCACCGUCUUCCAAUGCAUAACGCUCGAGGGCUGGACUGACGUGUUGUACGAUAUCCAGGACGCGAUGGGAAAUAGCUGGCAGUGGAUGUACUUCAUUUCAAUGGUUAUUCUUGGAGCGUUUUUCGUUAUGAAUCUAAUUCUCGGUGUGUUGAGCGGAGAGUUCUCAAAAGAAAGAGAAAAGGCCAAAGCCCGGGGAGAUUUCCACAAGCUUCGCGAGAAGCAGCAGAUUGAAGAGGACCUGCGGGGCUACCUGGACUGGAUAACGCAGGCCGAGGACAUCGAGCCAGAGGACGGCGGCAACGAGAACCGACAGCAAGGCCAGGACGGCAAAAGCCGUUUCCCCCACCACUCUUUCCUAGCUGGCUGGAGAAGAAGAAGCAGCAGAACAUGGGGUGGUGGGGGCACUGAAGGACUUCAUCAAGGACAAUAUCAAGAUAAAAAUGAAAAUAACUCAGCGGACCAGUUAGAUGGGGAGGAAGAAGUUCUCCAGGAGUCGUGGGUCAAAAGAAAGAAGAGAGACAUUGACAGGGUUAACCGGCGAAUAAGACGAGCCUGCAGGAAGGCGGUGAAAUCACAAGGAUUUUACUGGCUUAUCAUUCUUCUUGUGUUUUUAAACACAGGAGUGCUCGCCACAGAACAUUACAAGCAGCCAGAGUGGUUGGACUUUUUUCAGGAAGUAACCAACCUGUUCUUCGUAGCUUUAUUUACAAUGGAGAUGCUUUUGAAAAUGUAUAGCUUAGGAUUUCAAGGAUAUUUUGUUUCCUUGUUCAAUCGUUUCGAUUGCUUUGUGGUAAUCGGUAGUAUUGCAGAACUGAUUUUAACCAACACCGAAGUGAUACCUCCACUCGGAGUGUCUGUGCUGCGUUGUGUCCGACUGCUAAGAGUAUUCAAAGUCACAAAGUACUGGAGAUCUCUUUCAAAUUUAGUAGCAUCCCUUUUGAACUCAAUUCAGUCCAUCGCUUCACUGCUGCUGCUGCUCUUCCUGUUUAUAGUUAUCUUUGCUCUGUUGGGAAUGCAAGUUUUUGGAGGAAAAUUUAAUUUUUUAGAAACUGAAGAUAAGCCAAGAAGUAAUUUUGACAGCUUUUGGCAGAGUCUUCUCACAGUUUUUCAGAUAUUGACUGGUGAAGAUUGGAACGUGGUUAUGUAUGACGGCAUCAGGGCGUACGGAGGCGUGGCGUCUUUUGGCAUUCUAGCCUGUAUUUACUUCAUCAUUCUCUUCAUCUGCGGUAACUACAUUCUACUAAACGUUUUCUUGGCCAUCGCUGUCGACAACUUGGCCGACGCGGAGUCUCUCGCGACCAUCGAAAAGGAAGAGGAGAACGAGGAGCAACGCAAAAACGAUUGGCUCAAAGAAGUGGGCAAGACGACUAAAGACGAAACUAAACCCGCUGAAGGCGAGAAUGCUGAGGGAGAAGAGGGGGAAGGCGGGGAGGGCGAGGGAGAGGGGGAUGAAGGCCUAGACGAGGAGGCCGAGGAAGAAGAGGAGGAGGAGAUGGAGGAGGAGGAAGGAUCUGAAAAGGGUGACGGCACUACCAGCCGGUCGAAGGUGCGCAUCGACCUCGGGGAAAGCGAGGAGUACGCGUACGACGACCAGAACGAAAACCCGGGAGCCGCCAGCCCGCCCUCCGAGAUGCUCUCGCAGUCGGACGCAGAGAGGGAGCCACUGCAGUCCAGGAGAGAGAGCAGGCCGGAGCGGCCAAAGACGCUCCCCGUCCGAAUGGGGCCGCGUAUGGUGCCGAGGCGCUUGUCUCUAGAGAGCGACCAUGCCGACGCGGGCAAGCCCAUGCCUCAGGCCACCUCGCUCCUAGUGUUUUCCGUUGACAACCGGUUCAGAGUGUUUUGCCAUUGGGCAAGUAACCACAGCUAUUUCAGCAACGCAAUUCUCGUUUGUAUCAUGGUAUCAUCGGCGCUGCUUGGGGCUGAAAACCCAUUAAGAAGUGAAACGCCAACAAAUAGGGUUUUGCAAUACUUUGACUACUUUUUUACAACGGUUUUCACAAUAGAACUUGUGUUGAAAAUUGUAUCGGCCGGGUUUGUGCUGCAUGAUGGCGCCUUCUGUCGAUCCGCGUUCAACUUGCUUGACCUGUUGGUCGUUUGCGUAUCUUUAGUUUCCGUGUUUUUCAGUUCUGGGGCCAUUUCUGUUAUCAAAAUCCUCAGGGUACUCAGAGUGUUAAGGCCGCUUAGGGCCAUUAAUAGAGCCAAGGGGUUAAAACAUGUUGUACAAUGUGUGAUAGUGGCAGUAAAGACUAUAGGCAAUAUUGUGCUGGUCACAUGCCUUCUGCAAUUUAUGUUUGCUGUUAUUGGUGUUCAGCUAUUUAAGGGCAAGUUUUUUUCUUGUACUGAUGGAUCAAAGACGCGUCAAGAAGACUGCCAAGGGACCUUUUUGGUUUACGAAAAUGGCGAUGUAGACAACAUUAGGGUAGAAACAAGAAAAUGGGGACUGAACGAUAGGACUUUUCAUUUUGAUAACGUAGCUAAGGCAAUGCUUACUCUGUUCACAAUCUCGACGUUUGAAGGCUGGCCAGGCCUUCUCUACGUCUCUAUUGAUUCAAACGCCGAAGAGCGCGGGCCAAUUCACAAUUACCGACCAAUUGUUGCCACAUACUACAUCAUCUACAUUAUUAUCAUAGCAUUUUUCAUGGUUAACAUUUUCGUAGGUUUUGUCAUUGUCACAUUCCAAAAUGAGGGUGAACAGGAAUAUAAAAACUGCGAGCUUGAUAAAAACCAGCGAAAUUGUAUUGAGUUUGCAUUAAAAGCAAAGCCGGUGCGUCGUUACAUACCUAAGCAGCGACUUCAGUAUAAAAUAUGGUGGUUUGUCACGUCACAGCCUUUUGAGUACACUAUAUUCACACUCAUCAUGAUCAAUACCGUGACGCUUGCGAUGAAGUUCUACCGACAGCCUGACGCCUACACGGAUGCGCUGGACAAGCUCAACAUGAUCUUCACUGCCGUCUUUGCGUUCGAGUUUGUGUUCAAGCUGGCCGCAUUCCGAUUUAAGAACUAUUUCGGCGAUGCGUGGAACGUUUUUGACUUCAUCAUCGUGUUGGGAAGCUUCAUCGAUAUAGUAUAUUCCGAAUUUAACCCCCCCCAGAAAACCAAGCCGGGGACCAACAUCAUCUCCAUCAACUUCUUCCGCCUGUUCCGAGUGAUGCGUCUCGUGAAGCUGCUGUCCAGGGGAGAGGGCAUCCGGACGCUCCUCUGGACCUUCAUCAAGUCGUUCCAGGCGCUGCCGUACGUCGCUCUGCUCAUCGUCAUGCUGUUCUUCAUCUACGCCGUCAUCGGCAUGCAGGUGUUUGGCAAAAUCGCGCUGGACAGCGGCACGGCCAUCACCCGGAACAACAACUUCCAGACGUUCCCGCAAGCCGUGCUGGUGCUGUUCCGCUCGGCCACGGGCGAGGCGUGGCAGGACAUCAUGAUGGACUGCUCCAGCCAGCCGGGCGAAGUCAAAUGCGACGCUAACUCGGACCAGUACGGCAUCUCGGAGACCUGCGGCUCCGACCUGGCCUUCCCGUACUUCAUCUCCUUCUACGUGCUGUGCUCGUUUCUGAUCAUCAACCUGUUCGUGGCCGUCAUCAUGGACAACUUCGACUACCUGACGCGUGAUUGGUCCAUCCUGGGCCCGCACCACCUGGACGAGUUCAUCCGCCUGUGGAGCGAGUACGACCCCGACGCCAAGGGCCGCAUCAAGCACCUAGACGUGGUGACGCUGCUGCGAAAGAUCUCGCCGCCCCUGGGCUUCGGCAAGCUGUGCCCGCACCGGGUGGCGUGCAAGCGUCUGGUGUCCAUGAACAUGCCGCUCAACAGCGACGGCACGGUGCUGUUCAACGCCACGCUGUUCGCCGUGGUCAGGACCUCGCUCAAGAUCAAGACGGAGGGCAACAUCGACGACGCUAACGCGGAGCUCCGGGCCGUCAUCAAGAAGAUCUGGAAGCGGACCAGCCCAAAGCUGCUGGAUCAGGUGGUGCCACCGCCCGGAGUGGACGACGAGGUGACCGUCGGCAAGUUCUACGCUACAUUCCUCAUCCAAGACUACUUCCGGCGCUUCAAGAAGAGGAAAGAGCAGGAGAUGAAGGACACCGACAAGGACUCGCACAACACAGUGACGCUGCAGGCCGGAUUGCGCACCCUGCACGACGCGGGGCCCGAGCUCAAGAGAGCCAUUUCAGGAAACCUGGAGGAGAUGAUGGAGGACCAGCAGGAACCGUCCCACAGGCGAAACCACUCCCUAUUUGGAAGCGUAUGGUCGUCCAUGCGUCGGGGCCACGGCGGCUUCAACCGUGCCAGGUCACUCAAAGUGAACCCCACGCAGAUCAAGAUGAUGCACUUGGAUGUACCUGGAAGGAACCUUAGAAAGGUGUCGCCCACCAACUCGAUCGACUACCUGCCCUACAACGCGCUGCAGCGCGCCGUCAACGACGGCAUGAACCACAUCACCGCCCUCACCAAGUCGGCGCUCGGCCCCGGGGCCAUCUCGAUGCAGGACGUGGGCUACAAAGGCGGUGAGAGCAUCCCCAUGAGACCCCUGGCGGUCCCCAACGGCGACCCGGACCGGGCGCACGGCCACUACCAAGAAAAACCUGGAGGGGUUACUUUCCUUCAUCCAUAUAGUUAUGGGAACCAGCCGAUGGGCGCCAACGGCGACAUGGGCCGCGGCGCGCACUCCGUGCCCUCCAGCCCCGCGGACCGCCGGCCCAACUCCAACUUCUCGCACGUGGUGGGCAGCGCGGAGAGCCUGGUGGGCAGGGUGCUGGUUCAGCAAGGCCUGGGCAAGUUCUGCGACCCCGAGUUCGUGCGCAACACGUCCCGAGAGAUGCAGGAGGCCCUCAACAUGACGCAAGAGGAGAUGGACCGCGCGGCGCACCAGCUGCUGGCCCAAGAGAGGGAGGGCCGAGGGCCCCUGGUCUUCAGUGACCAGCCGUCCGGGUACCAGCCCUCCGGCUAUCCCCCCAGCCCCAACCCCAACCCCGCCUACUCCCCGGGGUACUCGCCCGGGCCCCACGGCCCGCCGGGGCCCCAUGGACCCGGCUCAAACAACUAAACUGUGCCUUUGAUCUAAAGAAAUUGAUCCAAAUGACUUUGUUUUUUGUUUUUUUUUUCUAUGAAAAAGAAUGUGUUCAAGUGUUUCAAGUAUUUUCUAUUAUUAUGUGUAAAGAUGUUGUUACAUCAUGAUUAACAGUUAUGAUUUGUACAGUCGAAAUGAUGUUUUUUUCCCGUAUGUUAUACAUAUCUAAAGCGUAAACAUUGCUGGCGGGUCCAGUGACAACACAUAAAAUCAAAAUGUAUACUAUGUCUACGACAAAAGUUAUUGUUCUGUGAACAUUUGUCUGCGUAUAUUUUUCAGCCUUGCGGAUCCAGAGGGACUGACUUAAGCAGGAGUUAAGUUUUCCCCUUCUUCCAGACUCUUCUUUAAUGGCUUUGUUUCUGGGUUCUUUUAUCCAUCAAAUGGUAUUUCUGAGGGAGUCUUGCUUAUUUGUUUCAAAGGCUGCCUCCAAGGCAGCUGAGGGAAACGAUCCACUUGGUUCAAGACCAUGGGACCAUUUUUAACUACGCAAAUCUAUUCAAGGUAGCAAAAUUACCUACUUUCUUAUUGCUACUCUGGGUCCAGGCUUAUGAAAUGUCUGCAAAAAUGUUCCUCUUUGUUGAAUUUACGACUUUGGAAACAAAAUUUAGUCUGCUCUUCAAAGACCAACUCUCCUUCAGAACGUUGUGAUUUUUGUACUCAAUAAAAACUGAAGAGAGCUUCUAUUCAAAAUAAUUUAUAAUUGUUUUAAAUUGUGUGAGAGGCCCAAGACGAUUAUUUCGGUGUUGCAAUGACCAAUCAAGAUUAAGCGCCACCGGGAAUUCGAAUUAACUUUCAAAAAUUAUGUUGCUAUGGUUAAACUGUGUUUUUUCCGUCCUGUUUAAUGUCUCUCUAAAUUGGAUGAUUUAUGAUUUCGCCAUUUUCCAUUUUGUACAAUUGAAAAUAAAGGCUGCAAGAAAGGCUUCCUUAUUGUA